AACAUUCACGUCUCCUCCCGUAAUACUCUCUCUCUCUCUCUCUCUCUCUCUCUCUAAAUUGCACGAGAUCCGGUGAGAGAUCCGGCAAACGUAACGAAGAGGGAGGUUCGUAUUGACGGAAUCUAAUCACCAUUCUUCUCACCAAAUCGCAAUUCAAUUCGAUCCAAAUUGAUCUGUUCUAAGCAUACGUACAUACAUUCUUCUAUGUUUGGAGGAGGUCUCGUGACAGUCCCUGUCAACAGUCCUCAUCUCCGCAAGUCUGGAAGCAGACCUGUUGUCUCUGAUCUUGGUACAAGUGAGCUGGGAAAUAGUGCUGACGAAGGGUUCUCGCAUUUAUUAGACGCCAAUGAAAUGAAGGGUGUGAGCACUCCUUUGGGCACCGCUGCCACGAUAUUGCCGUCUCCUAUUUUGCUAUGGAGAUUUAAGGUACUGUUGUUUAUCAUCUGGGGUUUCUGCUGUUGCAAGAUUGGAUGGGAUUCUGUAAUGAGAAUGAGUGUGGACUUGCGGGAUUUAUUUCUAUAUGAGGCAUUUUUGUAUUAUAAUCCUCUUCUUCUUGUGACUAUGAUGGUUUGGUUUUGGGGAGUAAAUUUAUGGGUCUUUUCCCUAUCCAAUGUCAAUUAUCCUAAAAUUUUUGACCUUGAUCAAAAUCAUCUUACUCACAGAGAAAUAUGGAAGUGUGCCACCUGGAUGACAAUCGUUGUCCCAACUAGCAUGACAGCAUAUCUGUAUCUUUAUUCUCACGGAGAAGUUUCAUUGGCUGCAUUCCAACCAGUGCUCCUGUAUGCUGCUGUUACAAUGCUUCUAAUAUUUCCAUUUGAUAUUUUUUAUUUGUCAUCUCGGUACUUCUUAUUGAGGACUCUCUGGCGGAUAGUGUUCCCAUUACAGGCAAUAUCAUUUGCUGAUUUUUUCGUGGCUGAUAUUUUAACCUCUAUGGCAAAGGUAUUUUCAGAUUUGGAGCGUUCAGUCUGUAGAAUGGUCCAUCGACAGGUUGCCACUGUUGCCUGGUUGGAAGCUGAUUCUGUUUGUGGCCACCACUCUGUUGCAAUCCCUGCAGUUCUUGUUUUGCCUUAUCUCUUCCGUUUUUUCCAGUGUCUUCGACAAUACAAGGAUACUGGGGAGAAAACCACCCUUUUGAAUGCUUUAAAAUAUUCAACCGCGAUACCGGUGAUUUUUGUUUCGGCCCUUAAAUAUCACACCGAGCAUGAUAGGUGGAUGAACUUUUAUCGGCCUUUGUGGCUUCUUUCGAGUGUUUUGAACUCUCUGUACUCUUUCUACUGGGAUGUGACCCGAGAUUGGGACUUGAGUGUCUUCACUAGGAUUUUCAAGUUCAGCAAACCACAUAUCUGCUCGCACUUGUUACAUGGACGGAAAUGGGUUUAUUUUUGGGUAAUAGCAAGCAAUUUGGUGCUGCGAUGCACAUGGACAUACAAGCUCUCUGCCCAUCUCCGCCAUAAUUACCUUACUGUAUUUGCCAUCACUGCCUUGGAGAUGUUCCGUCGCUUUCAGUGGGUUUUCUUUCGUGUAGAAAAUGAGUGGAAUAAAAUGAACACCAAAUCAAACGUUCAGCUCUCCAUGAGCGAUUUGUCGAAUGAGGAAGAGAAAUUACUAAAAUCCAACGACCACAAUGUAUAGACAAGACCAAAAGAGAGUAUCGCAGUGCCUCAGUUGCAACAGCAACAUUUUGUGGUUAAAUAUUUUUGUGAUAUUGUUCUCCAUUUGUUGGUAGAAUGGUUAUGUAAUACCCAUUUUGUUGCAAUCAUUCAUUUAUAAGAAUGUUACUUUUUAACUUUGCCGCCUUCAUAAUAGAGUAUAGGUCAAUUGAUGAUUAAUACAAUAUUCAAAGAUGUCAU